UUCACCUUCACUCCUCCAACUUCCCUGUGCUUAUAAAAGCUUUUACUCCCCCCAAGUAACAAUCUACCUCUCUCUCGGUUUAGAACUAAAAACCUUCCUAGAAGAAAACGAUCCGAAUCGGACCUUUCAUUUUUCUAGCUUACUCUGUUUUGCUCUGUUUACUUUUACUCUUUUAAAAGAGGCUUCGGCUGUGAGAAGAGAAUGGGAACGCGUUGGAACGAGGAGGGGACCAGCUUCUACUCAUUGUCCUGCCAGGAUCGACGAUACUCGAAGCACAUCCACGACAACGUCCACGGCAACAUCUACCUUGAUCCGGUCUAACGCACAUGGUAUACCCAGGGGCUGUGCAUUCUCGCUUUGAGCAUUCACUGGGAGUUUAUUGGCUAGCCGGAGAAGCUGUCCAUACAAUUAAAGCUCACCAAGGCUCGGAGAUCAACAUUGAGCGUAAUGAUAUCAGGACAGUGAAACUUGCUGGACUACUGCAUGAUGUUGGGCAUGGACCAUUCAGCCAUCUCUUUGAGCGCGAGUUUCUUCCUCGGGUUCUUAACGGAUCUAAAUGGUCUCAUGAGGACAUGUCUGUGAAGAUGAUUGAUUAUAUUGUUGAUGCGCACCACAUAGAAAUAGACUCUGCAAUCCUCAAGAAUGUGAAGGAAAUGGUACUUGCUAGCUCUGAAAAUGCUUCACAAAAGAUUAUGAGUGAGAAGCGUUUUUUAUAUGACAUUGUUGCAAAUGGUCGAAAUGGAAUAGAUGUUGACAAAUUUGACUAUAUUGUACGCGAUUCCCGGGCUUGUGGCCUUGGCUGCAAUUUUCAGUUUCAGAGGUUAUUGGAAACAAUGAGAGUGAUGGGUGACGAGAUAUGUUACAGGGCAAAGGAUUAUCUAACUAUUCACAAGUUAUUUGCCACUCGAGCUGAUUUGCAUAGGACAGUUUAUACACAUGCUAAAGUAAAGGCAAUAGAGCUCAUGGUUGUAGAUGCUCUGACAGUAGCAAAUGAUGAACUGAGUAUAUCAGCAUCAAUUCAUGAACCAGCUAAAUUUUGGAAGUUAGACGACUCAAUAUUAAGACAAAUUGAAACUUCUGAUAAACAAGAGCUCAAGGAAGCCAGAGAUUUGAUCCUUCGCAUCCGGAGAAGAGAUCUAUACCAGUUCUGCAAUGAAUAUUCUGUUCCAAUGGACAAGCAAGAGAACUUCAAAGACAUCACUCCUCAAGAUAUUGUUUGUUCUCAGAAAAAUGGUGGUACCACAUUGAAAGAGGAAGAUGUUGCUGUGAGCAUUGUCAAAAUUGAUCUGACUCGUGGGAGCAGUAACCCUCUGGAAAGCAUCAAGUUUUUCCAGGAUUAUGAGAGUGAUUACAAAUUUCCAAUACGGGAUGAUGGCAUCAGUCACUUGCUGCCUACAUUUUGUCAAGAUAUGAUUGUCAGAGUGUACUCCAAGAAGCCUGAACUGGUAGGAGCAGUUUCUGAGGCCUUUGAAAAUUUUCAGCUGAAAACAUAUGGAAUGAAAGCACAGGUGCAUGAUACUCCUGAGAAGAAGAAACGCCGCAAUGAAUCCAUCGUUGAGGAAAAAACUGUGGAAAUCAUGGGGCACGAAAUCACAGAGAUAGAUGAAGGUGAAGGGUGUUGGAGAGCAAUUAAAAAGGAGGAUUUGGAAAAAAUGGAUGAGCAACUUGAUCUCCUGUGGGCAAUGCGGGAUCUUAAAGGAAGAGAAAAGAUGCGAAUCUCAAACCAAAAAGAAUGGGAACUUAAAGGGAGAGAAAAGGUGGGAGUCUCAAACCAACAAGAAUGGGAAAUUAAUCUCAAUGAGAUUGUUUUCAAAGAAUUGCUGGACAAAGACACUUGUGCAGAAGUUUACAAGGGAGUUUAUAACAGUCAAGACGUUAUAGUGACAGUGUUUGAACGGAGAGAAAAUGUCCAAAAGCUGCCAAGCAGUGAAGAAAACAAUUUGCCUACCUGCAGGAGCCCUUUUAGGGAGAAGGUUUCUUUUUGGUACAAGAUUGAUCAUCCUAAUAUUCUCAAGCUGAUAGGUGCCAAAAUUGAUGAACCAGAAUUUACAUUACGAGCGGAUAAUGAGGAAGUUCGCCUGUUAAGUAACAUGAGUUAUCUUGUAGUUGAGUAUCGAUGCGGGGAUACUCUUAGAUCAUUCCUUUCAAAGAAUCAAGAAAAGAAGCUAGCUUUCAAGAUUGUCAUUCAACUAGCACUACAUCUUGCAAGAGGGUUGGCUUACCUUCACUUAAGGCAACUCAUCCAUGGAAAUGUCAAUCCAGAAAACUUGCUUCUUGAUAGAAAUUUCAAGCUCACAAUAACCGAAUUUGAAACAUCUAAUAUGGCAAUAUCAAAUCAUCAGGAGUUGGCGGACGACAGGCAGUCAAUUACUUACAUGGCUCCUGAGGUCAUCGAUUCUAAACAAUAUGACAGAAAAUGCGACGUUUAUAGUUUUGGAAUUUGUUUGUGGGAAAUCUAUUGCUGUGACAUGCCUUAUCCCGAUCUUAGUUUUUCCGAAUUGAGUGUUGCUAUAUUUGAUCAGAACCUGAGACCCGAAAUACCCAAGCAGUGUCCAAAAGCUCUAGCAAAUGUGAUGCAGCAGUGUUGGGAUACGGAUGCUGGUAAAAGACCAGAGAUGGAACAAGUGGUUUUGAUGCUGGAGGCCCUUGACACAUCAAAGGGUAAAAAGAUUAAGUUUCUCGAUGCGCAGAGCUGUUUUUGCUUUCGCAAAUAAGGAAACGUUGUGAAAUGAGCAAAUUACAAUACUCAUCAUUAAAAUCACUAAUGCAUAAUGUUAAAUUGUCAUCAUUUUGGAGCAAUAGGCUGCUUUUGUAAACAAGCAUUCAGAUAUGAAACUUGUAGCAAUCCAUUUCUAUUUUGAACAAGAAGCAUAGAUACAUAGUAGUAUUCAUAUAUAUUUGAAACAUUUAGUGCUGUCAUAUCUUC